AUGGAGAAAGUUGGAAUUGCACGAGUUAGCUCAUCGUCUCAUUCGAUUCAAGUUGAUCUCAGUCAACUUGAAAGGUAUGUCAUUGAAUUUGCUCAAGAAAAUGCUCAUUUAGAUCGAGAUAUUCUUCUUGAUAUUGAUUUAAUUGAAAACCGAUCGAAUAUCAUACUUGCCGUUGAAACUGGAGCUGUUAUGGCUUCAUUGACACCAACAGAUGAAGAUUGUCGACGUGCAACAAGCAACACUGCCUUACCAGAUGAAUUCAUUUUUGUUAUCGAUUGCAGUGGGCCGAUGCGACAUGAAAAUAAGAUCGGUUUGGCACGUCAAGCGUUACAACUUUUUCUCAAAAGGCUUCCGUUAAAACCUCUUCAAUGGUUGGAUAAAAAUCGACUAAAACAAGGUCAUACUCGACAAAUCUUUCUUUUGACUGAUGGAGAAAUAUCGAAUGUUAAUGAAGUACUCGAUCUUUGUCGUUCAAUAUUGAAUUUCACGCGAAUUUUUUCAUUCGACUUGGGUCAUUCACCUAGUCAUUCGCUGGUUAAAGGUCUUGUACGUACAACUAAUGGUCGUUUUGUUUUUAUUCCUCCUAAUGAAAAUGUCGAUAUAUACGUUGGUGAGCAAUUACAAAAAGCUCUACAAUCUUGUAUAACCGAUAUCCAAGUAAAAUGGAAUAUAAAUACAACGGAGAUGCAUGCUCCGACAAAAUUACUACCGGUCUAUGCUAAUGAUCGCUUGAUUGUUUAUGCACUGGCUAAUGAUCAAAUAUCAACUUUUGAUCCCAACUCUACGGUGGAAUCGUAUACAUAG